AUGAACAUACCUUCUAGAGCUCCAGGGUUCCAUGAAAGACAAUACAUCUGUAGAAACACCUGUAAGUAUUGGACAAAUCUUAAUAUAGUUGCAAAAUACUCGCAAAGACUUAACCGCCAAAUUUUGAUUCAAGCACUUCAAGCUUUAUUGCAGAAAGAUCCUUGGUUAGUACUUGGUAUAUUUAGAAGUUCUGACUCGGUUGCAUCCGAUCGUGACUACAAUGGGUUCAACUACAAAGUUAGACCAGUUAAGGAAAUUCAUUUUGAUGAUGUAGUUUCUUUUGAAAAGGGUAAAGUGGAUGGCUCCACAUUUGAACAAUUAAAUGAAAGAACCAUACCUAUGAACGUUGAAUUGCCACUUUGGCGUAUAGUUGUCAUGGAAGAUGAGCAUGCUAAUCAAUGGGUAUGCGUUUACUUUGAUCAUGCAUUUUUCGAUGGCAUUGCUGCAGUUGAGUUCCAUAAAAGUUUACUUGUAGAGUUGGGGAAAUUGGAUAUCUCUUCUGAGCAUACAAGUGAACCUUCUAGUUGUAUUUAUUCAUUUGAAAAGACCCCGGUUGAUGUACCUCUUCCAAGGGAGGAAGGUCCUGAUAAGCUCUUCCAUCUACUGUGGAUCAACCGUUUGCAACUUUGGAUGAACCAAAAAUUAUGGUUACCUAUAUACAACUAUUUUUCGAAGCCAGGUCCAACAUUCUCCUACAAACCUACCAGUAUGAAUUUGAAAAACAAGUAUCAUUGUGUCACAAUCCCAUCAGAUAUUACAACGAAGUUAUUACAGUAUUGUCGUACCCACGGUUUUACUUUGACUCCCUUACUCAAUGUUCUUGCUCUCAAGUCUCUAGAGAGUAAAGUUUUCCCUCAUCUUGGCCAAUCUGGAUGCAAUACAACUUCUUGUAUAGCUGUCAAUGGCAGACCAUUCAUAAAUGGUGGCAAAUUUGGUGUAUUUAUCGGGUAUGACAUGUUCAAUCUAAAUCCAGUAAGAGACAUAUUGAGUGCCACUAAAUUGAUUUAUUCUCAACUUACAAAGAGUAUUAAGAGCGGUUCUUGUUUCCGUAGAGUUGGUUUGUAUGCACAUACCAAUAUUUGGGAUUUGUACAAGCUGAAAUUAGGUAAAUCUGAUGGGAAGGCUACCGUCACAGUGUCAAAUUUGGGACGGUAUUGCAAUCCUAUUCAUGAAAACCCUAGUGUAAAAUGGAGAAUUUCAGACCUUUGGUUUGGCCUGAAUUUGGGACUUGUGGUUCACUUUCUUUUAAAUAGCAUAAGCACAGAGUCUGGUGAUUUGAAAUUGAUUUUUGCCGUACUACCAGAAUAUGAUGAAUAUAUGGAGGAGGCUAUUGAUGAGUUCAAAAGAUUAAUAGAUGAGAUAGUAGAUAAUUAG